ACUUGGAGUCAUUUGGUGGAUAUUUCUGCUCGACUCUCUCUCUCUCUCUCUCUCGGUUGAUCCAAUUCAACUUCAAGCACUUGGGUCUCAGCAGCAUGACGCUGAGCUUCUUCUUCGGAUUGCUCGGCAACGUCACCACCGGCCUAGUCUACCUCGCUCCUGUGAAGACGUUUUGGCACAUCGUGAAGCGGAGAUCGACCGAGGAGUUCGAGAGCAUCCCGUACGUGUUCAAGCUGCUGAACGCCUACUUCUGGACUUACUAUGGGAUCGUGAAGCCCAACAGCGUGGUCGUCGCGACCGUCAACGGCUUCGGUGUCGUCCUCGAGAUCACCUUCGUCGCCAUCUUCCUUCUCUAUGCUCCCCCUAGAAUGAGAAUGAGAACUGCAAUCCUUGCGAUCACAUGCGACGUGAUGUUCCCAGCAGCAGCAAUCUUAGCGACUCAAUUAACGUUGGACCAGCAGAUGCAGAUCACUGUUGCUGGCCUUUUGAGUGCUGUCUUCAGCAUGGUCGCCUAUGGUUCACCUCUCUCUGCCAUGAAGACAGUGGUGACCACAAAGAGCGUGGAGUACAUGCCUUUCCUCCUCUCCUUCAUCCUCUUCGUCAAUGGCGGCGUUUGGACCGUUUACGCCAUCCUCACCCACGACUACUUCAUCGGAAUACCAAACGGGACCGGGUUCGGACUCGGAGCGGCUCAGUUGAUUCUGUACGCGAUGUAUUACAAGCCCAAGACCAAGUCGUCGCCGUCGUCGUCGUCAAUGGCGGAGGACAAAGGGUGGCAACCAUGCGAGCCUCUCAUAGAUCCAACUCCCAUUCCUCAAGUAGUAGUAGCUCAAGAGAAAGAUUGACAGAUACGUCAACAUUUCUUUUUUAUUUUGUGUCCGAGUUAGAUCAAUCAUAGUUGUUUGUCGGAAUAAUUAGUAAAUUAUUCCCAAUUGAUGUUGCUGGCUUGACUGUGUACUUUUUUUGGGUCCAAAGUGUAAUAAUGUACUGCAGCUAAGGCAAGGCACAUCU